AUGUUGUCCCGUACUAUUGCCACUGCAAGAACAUUACCAAGAUCAAUUAAUCUAAUUUCCAGACGUACAUAUGUCGAAGCUGUUGAAAAUGUACUUAAAUUACAAUUUUCUUUACCUCAUGAAACAUUAUAUUCUGGAGUUAAAGUAAACCAAGUUAAUUUACCUGCACAAUCUGGUAAGAUGGGUAUUCUUGCAAACCAUGUUCCAACUAUUGAACAAUUAUCUCCAGGGGUUGUUGAAAUCCUUGAAGAAAACUCAAAUACAGCAAAGAAAUAUUUUAUCUCUGGUGGUUUUGCUACUGUUCAACCAAAUUCUGUAUUAAGUAUAACUGCUGCUGAAGCAUUCCCAUUAGAAUCAUUCUCCUCUGAACAUAUUAGAACCUUAUUAUCUGAGGCCAAGGGGAAAUUAGCUGAUUCAGAUGCAACAGUAGCUGCUGAAGCUGCUAUUACUGUAGAAGUCUUAGAACAACUAGAAGCUGCUACAAAACAAUGA